AUGCCCUCAGUAUCUGCCAAUUCAGAUCAAUUGACAAAAAAACAAAAGCGGAAACUGCAGCACCAAUCUGAAGCACGGCCUAAGAAGUUGGCGAACAAGGAACCGAUCACGGAUAGUAUCAUUCAGAGGGCCAAGGACCUCAAGAAACAUCGCCAGAGUCUUCCUAUUUAUACCGCUCGCGAUAUCAUCAUCAAAGAGGUCAAGGCCAACGCAUGCGUAGUGAUCGUGGGUGAGACAGGAUCAGGAAAAACGACACAGAUCCCUCAAUAUCUUCUCGAAGCAGGACUCGCAGUACAUGGAACCAUCGCCAUCACUCAGCCUCGUAGGGUGGCCGCCAUCAACCUUGCGAAGCGUGUUGCUGAGGAAGUUGGGACGCCCAUCGGUCAAAAAGUUGGCUACAGUAUUCGAUUCGACGACACAUCCUCCAAGGAUUCAUUACUCAAGUAUAUGACUGACGGUAUCAUGCUGCGAGAGUUGCUCUCAGAUCGGCUAUUGUUAAAGUAUUCGGUCAUUAUUCUGGAUGAGGCGCACGAGCGGACGUUGAGAACAGAUAUCUUGUUUGGGAUGGUCAAAUCGAUCCAGAAACAGAGACAGGAGCUGGUCGACAAGGGUCGGAGAGACGUUCAGCCCCUCAAGAUCGUCAUCAUGAGUGCUACCCUUGACGCCGAGAAGUUUUCGGAGUACUUCUACAACGCAAAAAUUAUGUAUAUCUCGGGGCGGAUGUAUCCAGUCAGGACUCUCAACACUGUCGAACCUCAGUCGGACUAUGUCGACUCUGCACUGGUCACUGCAUUCCAGAUUCAUCAAGAAGAAGUGCCGGGUGACAUUCUGAUUUUCCUCACUGGUCAGGAAGAGAUUGAGAACCUUGAAAAGCUGAUUGAAGAAUACGCAGUCGACCUCCCACCCUCCGUUGGGAAGCUCAUCCCUUGCCCCAUUUUCGCCGCACAGGAUUCAGCAACACAGCAACGUAUCUUCGAACCUUCACCUCCCGGAACACGUAAGGUUAUCUUGGCCACCAACAUUGCGGAGACAUCCAUCACCAUCCCCAAUAUUCGCUAUGUGAUCGAUACAGGAUGCCACAAAUCCAGAGGGUACAACGCCAAAAUCGGAAUCGAGUCGCUGCUGGUAGAACCGAUCUCGAAAUCGUCCGCAAGACAGAGGAUGGGUCGUGCCGGUCGUGAGGCUCCCGGCCUGUGCUUCAGGCUAUACACUGAGGAUGCAUUCGAGCAGCUUGAGGAGGAUACAGUGCCGGAGAUCAAGAGAUGUAACUUAGAAUCUGCCAUUCUGUCCCUCAAGGCAUCAGGCAUUGACGAUGUGACAGGAUUCGACUUUAUGGAUCGGCCGUCAAAGUCGGGGAUGUUGAGGUCGCUGGAGCACCUUUAUGCGCUGGAGGCGUUGGACGAUGAGGGCAAAUUGACAGAGACUGGCAAGAAGAUGGCUGCUUUCCCUGUAGAUCCACCUUACGCUAAGGUUCUUCUUCAGUCUGAGAAAAUGGAUUGCACAAAGGAAGCAGUUGAGAUCAUUUCGCUUCUCUCUGUCGACAGCAUCUUUUCUGCUCCUUCAGCCAAACGCGAAGAGGCAAACGAGGCCCGCCAGAAGUUCAUCUCUCUCGACGGAGACCACCUUACCUUACUCAACACCCUCCGCGCGUACGAAUCCGUUAAGGGCGAUCGGGACUGGUGCCGUGAGAACUUCAUCAAUUCGCGCCAUAUGCGCCACGUCAUGGAUGUCCGUAAACAACUCAUCCAGUUCUGUGAACGUGCCGGGAUGGACGCAACUAAAUCAUGCGGACAUGAUCUUGAGAUUGUACUAAAGUGCUUUUUGGCAGGCUUUUUCCAGAACACGGCAUUGUUACAGCCCGAUGGGACGUAUAAAAGCAUCGUCGGAGGACAGACCGUCAGUGUCCACCCUUCGUCAUCAUUGUUCGGAAGGAAGCGCGAGGCGAUCAUGUAUAAUGAAUUGGUGUUCACGACCAAGCACUAUAUCCGAGGCGUAAGUGCCCUUGAGAGCGCUUGGCUAUCGCAGGCUGCCCCAAAGUACUUUGGACGGCGGCAAGCAUAA